CAUCAACACAAGGACGCGUCACCGCGUCAUUAACUAUCCUUUGCAUCAUGCCCGACGUCGAGAUGGUGAAGACUACUGACAAGAAGGAAGACCUGAAGGACGAAAAGAAAGAUGAAAAGAAGCCAGAACCGCCGACGCCGACGCAGGAGAUUAAGGCUAACAUCGCGCUCAUUGAUCGCGCUAUCAAUGACCUCGAAACUCGGUUCACUCAUCGCGUCUUACGUUCACUAACUGCGCUGCGAAAGCGCAUAAAUGACAAGGUUCUGCGUGACGCUAUCGAGGAAAAUUAUCCAAAAGAUUCUGCUGUCAAGAAUUCUCUUCUAUCAUGGCUUCCUCCUGCUCCUCCCGCAGAACAGUCUAUGGAAGUAGAUAUAACAACAGAGGCAAAUGCUACUGCUCCUCUGCCACCAUCAUCGAAGCCAACUUCUGAUCCUGUACCGGAAGCUGAGAUUUACAUCCGUCUGCUCAUCAUUCAUCACCUCCACACGUCCAAAGACACAUACUCCAAGUCCAUAGAGCUUUCUCACGACACUGUUGACAAAAUGCAGUCCAUGAACCGUAGAAGUAUGGAUCCAAUCGCUGCCAAGGUAUGGUUUGCCGUGGAGCGAUCGUAUGAGCUCGGCGGAGAGCUGGCAGAUGCCCGUCCAAUGUUCCUCGCUGCGCAACGCACUGCGUCACUUCGUCACGACGAUGACACGCAAGCCUCGCUGAUCAAUCGCCUACUUCGGGGUUAUCUCCACUAUAACCUUUAUGACCAGGCUGACAAGCUAGUAUCCAAGACUAGUUUCCCUGCCUCAGCGAGCAACCCGCAGUAUGCCCGCUACCACUAUUUCCUCGGCCGCAUCAAAGCGGUGCAAUUGAAUUAUACUGCGGCACACACGAACCUGCAACAAGCUAUCCGUCGCGCCCCUGCCGCAAAGACCGCACCAGGAUUCUACCAGGCCGUGCACAAACUUUUUGUGAUCGUUGAACUUUUAAUGGGUGAUAUUCCGGACCGCGGUCUUUUCCGGCAUCCGGUGUUAGAGAAAGCCCUGAGUGCUUACUUUGACAUCGUGAAGGCCGUUCGGACAGGCUCCUUAUCGGAGUUCCAGUCGACUUUAAACAAACACGCCGCACAAUUCGAGGCUGACAAGACUUAUACACUAAUCGUCCGGCUCCGGCAAAACGUUAUCAAGACCGGUAUCCGCAGGCUCUCUCUAUCAUACUCGAGGAUCUCGUUGCGUGACAUCUGCUUGAAACUCCACCUCGAUUCCGAGGAAGACGCGGAGUAUAUUGUUGGUAAGGCCAUUCGGGACGGUGUGAUUGAAGGCCGAAUCGUACAUGAGAAAGGUUGGAUGGAAUGCGGAAGCCAGAAGGAUGGCUACGGCCCCGAGGCUAGCGAGGUGUUUGGCAGACGAAUUGGAUAUUGCUUGGAUUUGCAUAAUGAGAGUGUCAAGGCUAUGCGCUACCCUCUUAAUGCACACCGCAAGGAGCUUGCUGCUGCGCAGGAUGCACGGGAGCGCGAGAAAGAGCUUGCAAAGGAAAUCCAAGAGGGAGACUUAGAUGACGAUGAGAGUCUUGGAGAUUACUGAGAAUUUCUUUCUCCUUGUAGAAAUAAUGCAAUGCACUUCACUGACUUGUUGGAGCUUU